GGGGCAGAGCGUUAGAGCAGCAGGCGUGCGUGUGUGUGUGAAGGACUGUGUGAGCGAGGGGGAGAGAUAGAACCAGAACGAGAGUGUGUGUGUGUGUGUGGCGGGACAUAGGCUGGAUGCAGGGAGGGAGAGACGUGGCGACAGGCAGACAAAGAAUCCGCGGCGUCCCGAGGGAAUGGGGCACCACACAGGCUCUCCUGGAGCGCAGAGGAGACCUCAACAGACAGAGCAUGGCACACACAGUUUGCAGAGAGUUUGCCCGAGGGGUAGCCGUGGGUCAAAGGUGAGACGGCGGAACAGCAGCAUGGACGGCGAGCACGGUGCCGCCACCUCCAGCUCGGGCACCACGACAACCAACAACAACACCACCAACAGCAACAAUAACAACAACAGCAGCAGUGCGGCCAGUUCAUCUAGUUCCUCCAACGCAAGUACCACAACAACCACUACAGCCAACAGCAGUGCCAAUGGAGGUGCCAACAGCAGCACCACCAGCAGCAGUGCCAAUGGACCAGGCCGACAGACUCUCCCACAGAUUUCUGUUUACAGUGGCAUUACCGACAGGCAGACAGUCCAGGUGAUCCAGCAGGCGCUGCACAGGCAGCCCAGCACGGCGGCGCAGUACCUGCAGCAGAUGUACGCGGCGCAGCAGCAACACCUCAUGCUGCAGACGGCCGCCCUGCAGCAGCAGCACCUCAGCACCGCGCAGCUGCAGAGCCUGGCAGCCGUGCAGCAGGUGAGGACCCACCGCCUCCUCCGCCGCCACAACCACAACCGCAGCCACAGCCACAGCCACGCCAAAGCACCACAACACCAGAUAACGCAGCAGCGAAACACCGACACAUCAGAGCAGCAAAACACAGCUGCACAGCAGGCCAGUAUUGCUGCAGGGAGGCAGAGUACUUCAUCCCCACAGACAGGAUCCUCUCAGACCACACCCUCCGUGUUGCUGUGUGAUUUUCAGGCUCAGCAAAGUAACCUUGUGCAAGUAGCUAGGAGCCUAGGCCGUGCUGUUCCUUUGUCCCCCCAGCUCAUCUUCACCCCCACGGCCACCGUGACCGCCCUCCAGACCGACGGGGCAGCGCAGCCCGCCUCCGCACAGGUGCAGAACCUGACCAUUCGUAGCCAACAGGGGGCAGUGUCCUCCUCCUCCACUUCUUCCACCUCCACCUCCUCCUCCUCCACCCUGACCCAAACCCAGGCGCUGCAGGCCCUGAGCCUGAAGCAGACCCCCAUCUCAAUCCAGCCCGCUGCCCUCCUCAAGACCCCAACGCCGGGUGUCAAACCCACCCCCGCCACCGAAGCCAACCACCAAUCGGAGGCUGUAAAGAAGAGCGAGGGUGCCAUGGUGACGGAGGCGCGGGCCGUGAACAUGAGCCGGAGUGUGGGGACUGUUGGAGGACACCCGCUCAUCGCACCUGCCUAUGCCCACAUCCAGCCUCACUCACUGGUCAAGCAGCAGCCGCAGCAGUUUGUCAUCCAGCAGCAGGCUGCCCCUGCGCCCCAGAGGACCGGUGCCCCCUCCGCCACCACCACCACCACCCAGCUCCUGCAGACCGCCUCCAUCCAGCCCCACCUCCACGGCCAGCCGCUCACCGUCCACACCUCCCACGGGCCCUCGCCCGCGGGUCAACCAGGCCCGGUGCCCGUGCUGCCCAAACCGGCCUCCUCCUCGCAGCAACAGAACCCGAGUCACAACCAGCCCCACCACCAGAGCAACCCGGCGAUGCCCACGCAGCAUGCCACCAUCUUCCACUCCACCGUCAGCCCCCACGCCCUGAGCCACCACCAGGGCCAUGCCCAUGCCCACACACACCCCCAUACCCACGCCCACGUCCAUGCCCACGCUGCCCUCAGCCAUGCCAAAGCACAGCCAGUCCAGCUCACCGCCAUCAACCUGCAGAUCCACCCCACACCCAACCAGGCGUCACGGCUGGCUCCGGAGUGUAAGGACAAGCCCACGUCCCUGGUGGUGAGAGAGAGCUGCCCGCCCCACAGCUCCCAGCAGCCGGCCAACGCCUCCCCUCAGGGGGCCAAGCCUGCCGAGCAGCCCAAGACCGACACCCCCACCACCGCACACCAGACACGAGCAGGAACCCCAGAACGGGUUAGCACCUCACCAGCAACGCCCCCACCAACGAUGACUUCAGGAAAUGAUUGCGAAGCCCCUGCCGUAGUUGGCAGCACGGCGCAGAACGGGGAGAACAAGCCCCCUCAAGCCAUUGUUAAACCCCAGGUCCUCACGCACGUUAUCGAGGGCUUCGUCAUCCAGGAGGGAGCGGAGCCGUUUCCAAUGGAGAGGCCUCCCGUUCAGAAUGACAGCCCAAAGAAACCAGACCAGCAGCUUCCAUCUGACCCAGAGAAGUCCCCGGUCCAUAACCUGGCCAACAACACUGAUUCAGAACCAGAGGAUACAAACCAACAGGAUAUGAAGGAUCAGGAGGAGGAGCCAAAGUUGACCUGUGAGUUCUGUGGUUGGGUAGACUUCGCUUACAAGUUCAAAGGCACCAAGCGCUUCUGCUCCAUGGUGUGCGCUAAAAGGUAUAACGUGGGAUGCACCAAGCGGAUUGGUCUCUUCCACCCGGACCGAACCAAAACAGCGAGUCGCUGGAGACGUAGGGCCCACAGAGGACGCCCGAGCUCAGAUGCCAAGAAACAGAAACUGUCGACCCCUCAGCAGAUGCAUAGCGGCUCCAUCUCGUCUCCCAUGCCUUCCCAACCCAGCCAGGGUGAGUCGAGUCCCUGCUCCGACAUGUCCAGCUUCGAGGAACCCCCCUCGCCACUCUCCGUGGCCAGCUCAGGGCCCCCAGGGCCUCAGAACGAGCCGAGCCCCGACCAAGAGGACGUCCGUGGUCGGGAGCUGCCCCUGCUGCCCCAGCACUUCCUUCCCUGUGACCCCACCAGGUGGAACGUGGAGGAGGUGUAUGAGUUCAUCCGCUCACUGCCAGGCUGCCAGGAGAUAGCGGACGAGUUCCGCUCACAGGAGAUCGACGGGCAGGCCAUGCUGCUGCUAAAGGAGGACCACCUCAUGAGUGCCAUGAACAUUAAACUGGGGCCGGCCCUCAAGAUCUAUGCCCGCAUCAGCAUGCUCAAGGACUCAUAGCCCAAGAGUGUGUGUGUGUGCGUGUGUGUGUGUGUGUGUGUGUGUAUGUAUGUUUGUGAAAGCAUGAUAGUAUGACUAAGAAAAGGCUCCAAGCCUUUGUAUGUAUGUGUAUGCAUGUGCAUGUAUGAGAGUAUGUUGUGUGUGUGUGUGUGCCAGUGUGGAUGUGGAUGUGUAUGUCUGUGUGUGUGUGUGUGUGUGUGUGUGUGUGCGUGUGUGUGUGUGUCUGCACGUAUGUGGGCUGGAGAUGCCUAACAGAAGUCCUGUGAGCGGGCGGGAGGCCAAGGCCCAGCAGCUCUGUGGAACACGACUGCACUAUGACUUUCUCUCUCCCCACCCUGCCCACGCCUCCGGCUGGCUCUGCUCCCGCGGGUGCAUUAGCCGUGACCCCCCGCUGCCAGGUCAUGGACACCCACUCAGAGAACCCGCUUCAGAAAAAAAAAUACCCUUAAAGAACCGCCGGUAUGGAACCACCCUUGAAGAACUCCAAGUAAAGAAUGACACAAGAAGUCCAUCAUAUGGGGAGAAUGUUGUGUGCCUUGUCCUGUGAACUAAACGGAUCUGGUCCUAGGCAGGGGCAUGGGAGGAGCGUACUGACCCAUAUGGGGAGCAGGGAGGUGGGGGGCUACUUUUAGCUCACGUCCUCUGCAACUAUGUAAUGUUAGGAUGUGUGUGAUUUGCAUAAGUCGAUUUUUUUAUUCACUCAGUGCUUUUCUAUUAUAAAUAAAUUAUUUGUCUGUG